UUUUUCGGGGGAGCGAUAUGCUCCUUAGGUAGGUCUACUUCUUUUUUAAAUACUCCACUGAUUCAGUGAAAUUUUUAUAACAUAAACUAUUAGAGCAUAAACUAAAGUUUCAUUCAAAAGUUGAGUACUGUUUCACUGGGAGAUCCCAAUACUGUGUGGUGGAGACAGCCAUGUUACAUGUAGUGUUCGUGUUACAGCUAACUAAGGACAGCAAGAAUAUUUUUUUUAUUUUAUUCCAAGCAAAGGAAAUUAGAUACUAUUAAUUAUUAGAACACAAAUUAAAUCUUAUUUCACAGAAGUUCACAUUAAUAUUGACUCAAUAAUGAGAAAGAAAUUAUUGUUUGGUAGGAGAAGGCAGCCAUGUUUGAUAUUGCGCCACCAUACCCAACAGCGAAGUGUGGGGGAAACAGUGGAUAGCGGAACACACAGGGCAGUCUCUUCCUCUUCAUCCAUCAUUCAUUGACACCCACAAGAGCCGAAUAUCUAGCUCCUGGCAAAAUGCCAAGAGAAAACAAAAAGGGAAAAAGAGUGAUGAAACGAAAAAUCAGGAAAAAAAAUCAAAGUAAACGAAGUAUGAAGAGAAAUCCUAGAGGCGAUCGCAGGAGUCGACCUAAGAAUGUACCAGCAGAUCCUUUCAACAUUGGGGCAUCUAAUUGUAUAGGAGAUCCGCCAUGCUGUGAAAGGCAUCUUUCUUACCGUGCCCUCCAUUAUAUCGAGGUCCCCCUUUGUACCCUUUUCUCAGAACGUCAGUAUUUAUAGGAGACUAGUGAAGUGGCAAUGUCAGUUAAAGAGGAUCCUCUGAACAAGAGAGCUCCUGAAGAAGAACUACACAAAGUCAUAUAUUCUGAUGACAUUCAACAGAUGGAUGAAGAGGCAAAACCGUCACUUGAGGAAAUUCACCUGCCUGACAACAGUGCUGCUGAAGAUGAAUUUUCAAGAUUAUCGGAGGAUGUGCUCCGUUGCUGUUCUGCCUCAAUGUCAAUUCAAAAACAGUCCAACACUCAAACAAUCGAGAUCUUCAUCAAGGCAGAGUUGCAACCCAAGGAAGAAAAUUAGAAAUAAUUUAAAAAAAUUGAGUUUUAAUUUGUUUGCUUGUAUUUUCUAUGAAAUUAUCUUAUUAAUAGUCUACUAUUUAAAAUAGUAGUACAUCUUCUACAUUUCUGUGUGAAUUCUUUAGUUACUAACUAUGAUUUUUCUUCCAGUUUCACCUCUUUAUACAUCAUUACAACGUAAGUGCGUGUUAUUGAAAUAUGAAAAUUUAUUUUGUAACCUAAAAAAUAAAUAGUAAAGAAAACGUUCUAUAACAUUUUUUGGCUAUGUAUCAAUUCAUUUAACACUAUUUCAACACUGUUCUUUACUCCUGUUACAUUGGUUUUAGUACAGGUCUCGUCAUUAUUGAAGCUGUUAAAGAUAGAUCUGCUGUAAUUUUAUAAACGAAAAUUUUAUUUUAUUAUUUUAAAAAUGAUAAAGUAAAUUAAUUUUAUCUCAAACCACCAUUUUACAACAUGUUAACCAUAAAAGAAAGAAUAAUAUUUGACAGUUAUUUUAUUUUCUAACAAUAUCCACUUUCAUGUUUAAACCAAAAUACGAUUUUCAAAGUCAUUUUGCAGCAGCAUUUAAUCGACUAAAAUCCUUUAAUCUCACCUUAUUAAGAGAAUAGUAUAAAUUUUGCCUAAUACAACAAUAUACCGUACCAGACUUACCCAUAUAUACCAAUUAGGCAGCCGCAAAGGGAGGUUUUUGACAACAAGAAUAAAUAAUUACUUCACUAGUCAAAUUAAUUGAAAAGUACAAACAAAAUUGCAACAAAGUAAUGACUCAAUGUUUUUCAUCUGAGUAGAAAAAUUCUUUUGCCUAUACAAAAACAAUUCAAGACCCUGACGGCCAGUUGUAAUAUUUUCAAGCCAAAGAACAUUUCGAAAAUUAUUUUAAUAUAUUUAAUUAUUUUCAGCAUGGAAAUGAACUUAAACAUAUCUAAUUUAACAGCAGGCGUUAAUUUAUCACUUCGUUUUUAUAAUCGUUUUAAUUUUAAUAAUUAGCUACUUAUUUUUUAUUUUUAGCUUAAUAACUAUAUCUUUUUCUUCUAUUUGUGCAAUUUAUGAUUAUGAUUGUUUGUUCAUGUCAUUUAUAAACUCUAAUAGUAAAACUCUUUGUUAUAUGAAUUUUAAGUAGAGUAUGUGUAAAAUAAAAUAAUAAUAUACUUUAUUUACGGCUGUCAAAGUUAAAAAUUAAUGGUUAAAUUAAAAAUCUUGAAUAGAAUGUACCAGAUAGUUGACACGGGCGAUGAAUUCCUCCAAGUUGUAGAUCGGGUGACUUACCAAGAAACCAAGAAACUCCAAAGACUCUUCUUGAAUACGUAUCCUGUCAGAACCUUGAGAUGUUGGGGUAAGGUGUUUCUCAGUUUCCGACCAAUGUAAGAGUUCUGUGCGGUGUAGCAGUAUGUGCAUGGCUGCUUCAUAUGUGUUGCACAUGCUCUUUGUUUGUCGGAAGAUUUAAUUUUUCAGUGUGAAGAAUAGCUUUUGUAUAUAUAGUGUGUUGACAGUAAGAAUCCCAAGAGUUUGAAAGGCUUAUCUGCAGCUUUGGCGAUGAUGAAGGUUGGCCUUUAGCCUUUUCUUUUUUAAGAAAAAUUCUGGCACCCCAUAUCUGAGGUGAGAUUCAACGAGCACAUAAUAUGCAGCUUCCAGUUCUCCACUCCAUUUUAAGUGUUUGACAACAUUUAUAUUCAAUGACACACAUGUACACAACAUACACAUGUAUUUAUGCUCUGAAUGCACAGUCGACCAAUUAAUUUACAGUGUAGGGGAAGGAUUUACUAUGAAGUUACUAGUUCUGCAAUAUCUAAAGGCAGCUUUUACGCUGUUUGAUGUUCUUGUAAGAUCAUUUGCUAUGUUGCUUUUUCUAAGUAGUUGUGUCUUCCACAGACAUCAAUCUGGUAGUAUUAACACUAGCAUUUCGAAUGUAAUUUGCAGUUGUUGGUGAACAUCGUGAACAGUAUUUUGCCCAAAACAGAUCCCUGAGGCACACUUAGUACUGGUAGUGGUUUACAAUGGCAAAAUAUGGUUAUUCCAUUGGUAGUGUAUAUGUUGUGACUUAGAUUGUCCAGUAAGGUAACUUGCAAACCAUUUAUUUGCUAAGCCUUUUUUCCCAACAUGUUGAUGUCAUUUUACUGAUUGUCAUUUUUGCUCAUGUCCUAGGCAAAAUAACACAUUGCUGAAACCUAGAAAGCGGGUAGAAAUAAAUUGCUAUUCAUGUAUUUAGUCUAUGGUAAACUCAACAAGGCUAAUAUUCGUCAAUUUUCCUUUACUCUUUUGAUGGUAAGUAUCUUGUGAUAUUUCAUCUGUAAAGUGAUAGGGUUUCUUGACAUAUUGUAUUCCAAAAGUGCUAAGCUAAAAGUGACAGUUUUGUAGAGUUUUACUUGAACAUUCAUAUCGACAUCAAAUUGCAAGGUAUUGACCUAGUAUUUAUAUUUUGUAUUUAUAUUUUAAGCAAGCAAUAUAAUGUACCAAAUAAAAAGAUAGAUGUUUAUGUAAAUGUAAAAACAAAUAAUUAAUAAAAUAAAUUUAUAUGUGAA